CGGUCAUCCUCACGUCGCCAACAAUGCAGAACACGAUGCUUGAAAUUUUGUGCUAGGAUGCUGGUUUCAGCACAAGGACCUUACCUGUAAACACUAUGAUUCGCAAGUGACACCACCAUGGACUCUCAGCAGUACUAUGGGCAAACCCAUCCAACAGAUCAACAAACCACCCGUUCCAUAUUUCCCAGAGGUCCAGUGUUCAACCUCGAUGAUUUCUCGAAUCGCGAUUUCAUAGCAAAGGACUUUAUCGAGUCCCUCACCGAGAGCACACACGUUUCGAGUCGACGGUCACAAGGCGACGCUAACGCUUUCGAUCCUAAACCGCUUAUUCGUACCUUUGAGCAGGCCUCAAGGCGACUCAACGAGCUUUCGGGCGAACUCGAGCAGCGGGAAAAUGAAUUAUCGGGCGCGGUGAGAAGAGCAGAGGCGCAACAUGCAAACAACACAGAUACCCUGGGGAGGAAGCUCAAUCAGACCAUCGAAAGCUUUCAGAAGUUGGACACGUCUUUGAAAUCCGACAGGGGCGAGAAAUGGGGUGGGAAUGUUGCCGUCGAGACAGGUCGUCGCUUAGAAGAGCUGGAUAGACAGAGAAGAAAGGCUCUGGAUGCACAUUUUUUGAUCGAAUGCUGGGACGAAGUCAGUCACCGAGGAGAAGUCACUCUACUUGAGAACUUGCGGAGAUCAGGCACCGGAGAAGGGAAAAUUAGGGCAGCCAGCAUUGCCCGACAGCUGUUGAGAAUAAGUCAAAGACUGGAUUCCAAGAGCCACGCGCAAACAAACGGCGUCUCACAGUCAGGCGGUGUCACUAACGGAGUGACGGGCAGCCGCAAUUUCGACACGAGAGAGGUUAUCGAAAAAUUCAUCGAGACCUUGGAGAAUGACAUGCUCAAGCUUUUCGACGACUUUUAUAGACGACAAAACUUUGAAGAGAUGAAGAAUUGCGCGAUUGUCUUGCAAGAUUUCAAUGGCGGUGCUUCAGUCCAGGCGGCUUUCGUCAACCAACACCAGUUCUUCAUCGACAGAAGUAAUCUUGUGACAGAGGAGGUUGGUGGGGAUCAAGAGACGUGGAUGAGAUUAUCAGAUCCAGAUGCUGAACUCCCUAACGUCGAACCCGGCCUACAAUCGUUGAUUGACGAGGUCAGAGUCACGGUCCAGGAGGAGUCAGCAACCAUAAGAAGAGCUUUCCCUUACCCGGAACAGGUAUUGGGAAAAUUUGUGCAGAGAGUGUUCCAGCAAUCCAUCCAACAAAGACUGGAACUCGUCUUGGAGAAGGCAGAGUCGGAAUCGACACUGGCGUACUUACGAUCUCUGCAAGCUGCACGAAACUACAUCAGUGCUUUGGUCGAGGACCUCAAAGCACACGGGUUGACGGAACAUCCAGACACGGUGACUUCUCAAACGAGCCAACUCCUCGACCAACAACUCGACGAGCUCUUCACCCCGUACGUAGGUGGUUCCGCGUACAUCGAGAAAGAAAAGCACAACCUGCAAGAACUCUACAAAUCGUUGUUGUUCAAAUUCGAACUCUUCCACUCCCGACGCCAAAAAGAACCCAGGACGUACCUCGCCUCCCUCCGGAACCGCGGCCAAGAACUCCUGGCAUCGGCUCGAGAGGCCACCGACGCCUACGUUAAAAGCCUAGACUUGGAAAAGAUGUCGUCGACGCAAAAGCGCAUCCUCCUCUCCGUGGCCGGUCUUAAGAACACCGACAAGGCGCAACCGGACGUCGAACUCUCCGAGGAAGACGGCCGUCUGGACGUGGCGGCGGCCAAGAGGAUGCUCAAGUGGCUCGCCGAGGGGGUGCGGCGGGGUCUCGAGCUGGGGGGCGGCUCCGAGACGCCCAAGGACGUCGCGGCGCUGCUGAACCUCAUCCUCAAGAACCUGCUCGAGUCGUACGUCGAGGUGGCGCUCGACGCCGCGGCCGACGCCGCGUCGACGGCCGAGGGCGCCAAGAGGGAACCCGACCUGUCGUACCUGGGGAACCUGCGCAACGCGGUGCACAUCGCGCACCUCGUCCAGAGCUGCGUCAACACCCUCCUGGUGCCGCUGGCGAGCACCAGCCUCACGACGCGCCGGGAGAUGGAGAAGGGCACGAGGGCGGCCGUGUCGCGCAUCGAGGGCCAGAUCAACACCAUCGACCAGCAGACCGUCGACGGCGUGCUCAACUGGUCCGCGCGGCUGCUGGCGAACCAGAACCGGACCGACUUCCGCCCCCGCGCCGAGACCGAGGUGGUGUCCCUCGAGCAGGCACAGACCGCGACGUGCGACGGCGUGUGCCGGUUCUUGGACCUGUUCUACGACACCGCCUCGCAGUCGUUCGACGGCGCCAACCUCGACGCCCUCCUCACCGAGGUCGCGGUCGGCUUCCGGGCCCAGCUCCUGCAGCACUUCACGAGGUACCAGGUCAACCGGAUCGGCGGGGUCAUGCUGGCGCGCGACAUGAGCCGGUACGUCCAGCUGCUGAGGUCCUGGGACCUGGACGACUCGUUCAAGGCCAGCCUCGAGGUCCUGACCGAGUUGGCCAGCAUCUUCGUCUUGCUCCCCGACGCCCUCAAGGAGAGACUCAGGGGCCAGGUGUUGGGGAACCUGGGCAAGGAGAACCUGAGGCCGUACCUGCUGAAGAGGGACGAUUAUCUCGAAGUUGGCAUGCAGAGUUUGUUGAACUCGUUGUGAGAGGGCGGAGUGUCUCUAGAUUGUAUCGUAAUGCUAUCAGCUAUGCAAUACAACACGAUCCAAUGCAACUCGAUGAGUCUACAAGUACUCCGUAUUUUGUAUUCUAUAUUUUGUAAUGUUCGAGUGGUGAGGUUAUACACUAUGUACAGCAGCCAUUUCUUUUCG